GAACAAAAUAUCUUAGUGUAAAUAAUAGUGGUACUUCCAAUCUGCAUAGCCAUAUUAUCAACAUUCACAAAAUGAAUAUUUCGGACAUGGCUAGUUCUGAAGUGUCGGCUGUUGUAGUUCCUCAGUCUU